CAAACAUCAACGAGCUCUCCAAUCUCAAGAAAACUCAUACGCAACGUUUCUUUAUGCUUCCAAGAACUUUAUCUAAUAGCAAGAUGGUAACCCAACUUACAAUCAAUGAACUUCUAGAGCGCAACAAAGCUGUUGCAGCGAAACAUGAGCCUAUUCCAACGAUUGACGAAAUAGCUGCCAUGGGGGUGGAACCACCUCAUAUCAUCGUUCUCACUUGCGCUGAUCCUCGAUGCGUUCCCCAUUACUUUCUCAACUUGAAGCCAACUGAUGGAGUACUAACCCUCCGAAAUAUCAAUGGGCACGUAGCUCCUCUAUUGAACGACAUUUUGGCCCUGGACACUUAUUUGGGUAUCCAUGAAAUCAUGAUCGUGCAUCACUCUGACUGCGGUGCGCUUAUAUUCACCGACGAGAUGGUCAAGGCAAAUCUGAAGAAACAACAUCCCAAUGACACGAAAAUUGACAAUGAGGUGUUUGGUGCCGUGACUGAUAUCGAACAAAGCAUCAAGGAUGAUCUUGCUGUUCUGAAGGCUUCACCAUAUAUCAGAAAGGAACUUGCCGAGCAUUCUUUCGGCUUUCUGUACGAUAUCAAGACUGGGGAGCUCAAGCGAGUCGAAGGAUGAAGAAAGCUAGACUGGAGGCAAAGGAUUCUUGGUGGCGGAAUGUAGCUGUAGAUUGCAUGUGAUGGAUGUUCGACUGCUGAGAAUUGAAUGCUUGUAUCGGUCAAUAUCUUGGGAAAUGGUGUAACGGAGGAGCAGAGUGAAAAAGUGGUAGAAAUCGAG